GCCUCCUCAACACCCACUCCCGGGAUAUGCGCACCGGGGUGAGAGCUUCGCCGCUCAGAGGUUGGCCUGUUGAGCGCUAGGGAUCUGCUGGGGACACCAACGGCGGAGGCGGCCGAGCGCUCGGGAAGCAGGUGACGGGGUGGGGUCGCUGCGGCUGGCAGCAGCGCGGUUCCACCUGUUGCAGCGUCGGAGCGCGCAGACCUCCACUCCCCGCCCCAUUUGGCAGGGCCCGGCAGAGCCUAGCCCGACCCAGCCUUGCCAAGCGAGGAGGGGGCCACGGGGUACUCCUGCCAGAGCACAGUGGAGUGCUCCCCGCGAGAUGAGACUGGAGCACAAGUGACACUGAGAGCCGGUCUGCUGCUGCUGGAUGUCUCGCAGCGUGGGCGCCGGGCAGAAGGUCCGAGACCAGCGCAGCUCAGCUCAGCGCGGUACCUCGAUCCUGCGCUAGCUCCGGACCCGCUGCUGCUGCUAAGCCCCCGCACUCCGGAUGGUGACUCGAGAGACCCUUGAUUCCAGGCGACGUCGCCACUAGGACGCACCGCCGCGGAUCCAUGUGGGGAGGAAACUCCGUAGCGAGCGGACACCCCCGCGUCCUAGCCAUUGCGGUUUAAGAAGCGAUGGCCGGAGACCGAGGCCACUGGGCUCCGCUUACCCACCGACUUCUGGGGACCCCUCCCCCUCGACCUUCGCUGCCCAGGAAGUUAAAUCGGCCAGAGUCAGUGGAGACGAGGCGCCACGCCCCCUCCCCAAUCUGAGCUCGCGCACCCUCUCUGCGGAGCAGAAGCAGCACUGCGCCCUGACGCUCACAUCUUCAGUGUUAAGGAGAACUUCGGGGCGGGAGGGGGGAUUGGUGGUGGCGGCGGCGACAAAGCGGAUACGAAACCAGGAGGCUAGGCAGACGUGGGGAGCUGGGGCGGCGAGAGGGGCAGAGGCGGCAACCCAGGGACCGUCGCGGCCCGGGGGAGCUUGUGGCGGUCAUGGGCGAGCCGGCCGUGGGGCGUCCAGGAGCCGGCUGAGCACCCUCCCCUGGGCGUGGGCGCGAGUCCACCGGAGCCCACCGCCGUCCCGUGAGGAUCUGGCCUCGGGGCCGGGCCAUGGCCGGCCGAGGUUGCAGCUGCACCCCAGGCCACUUGAACGAGGACAACGCGCGCUUCCUGCUGCUCGCCGCGCUCAUCCUGCUCUACCUCUUGGGCGGCGCCGCGGUCUUCUCGGCGCUGGAGCUGGCGCACGAACGCCAGGCCAAGCAGCGCUGGGAGGAGCGCCUGGCCAACUUCAGCCGCAGCCACAACCUGAGCCGCGAAGAGCUGCGCGGCUUCCUCCGCCACUAUGAGGAAGCCACCAGGGCUGGAAUCCGCAUGGACAACGUCCGCCCGCGCUGGGACUUCACUGGCGCCUUCUACUUCGUGGGUACUGUCGUGUCCACCAUAGGGUUUGGGAUGACAACUCCAGCGACAGUCGGAGGAAAAAUCUUCCUGAUCUUUUAUGGCCUCAUUGGGUGUGCGAGCACCAUCCUGUUCUUUAACCUCUUCCUCGAGCGCCUGAUCACCGUCAUCGCCUACAUCAUGAGAUCGUGCCACCAGCGCCAGCUGCAGAGACGGGGGGCCCUGGCGCAGGACAGCCUGAAGGCCCCAGGGAAGAGGGAGCCAGACAGCUUGGCCGGCUGGAAGCCCUCGGUGUAUUACGUCAUGCUGAUCCUGUGCUCGGCCUCGGUGCUCAUCUCCUGCGGGGCCUCAGCCCUGUACGCCUCCAUGGAAGGCUGGAGCUACUUUGACUCCCUCUACUUCUGCUUUGUGGCUUUCAGCACCAUCGGCUUUGGGGACCUCGUGAGCAGCCAGAAUGCCCAGUAUGACAGCCAAGGUCUCUACCGCUUGGCCAACUUCAUCUUCAUCCUCAUGGGCGUCUGCUGCCUGUACUCCCUGUUCAAUGUCAUCUCCAUUCUAAUCAAACAGUCAGUGAACUGGAUCCUGAGGAAAGUGGACGGUGGGUGCUUCCGUCAAUGCCAAAGACGACUCUUGCAGUCCCGGAGGAACGCGGUGAUGCCGGGCAGCGUCCGAAACCGGUGCAACAUCUCCAUAGAAACAGACGGGGUGAUGGAGAGUGACACGGAGGGGCGCCGUCUCUCAGGGGAGAUGAUCUCCAUGAAGGACUCUAACAAGGUGGCACUGGCCAUCCUCCAGAAGCAGCUGUCCGAGAUGGCCAAUGGCGGCCCCCACCAGGCCAGCUCACUGUCCCAAGAGGACGAAUUCUCAGGGGGGAUCGGGGCCUUUGCAAUAAUGAACAACAGACUGGCAGAGACCAGUGGGGACAGGUAGAAGUGAGCAGUGGCUGCUGGGCACAGAGGCUUAGGGAUGAGUGGAGGGUGAGGGACUGUCAUCCACAAGAUGCACUCAGCCCUGAGCCUGCUGGCUUCGUCCAGGGAGCCAAUCCCAUUAGCUCCUCAUGCUCAACUUUUGAAAUCUGGGCCUCAACCAUGGCCACCUCCCAGGGCUGGGGCAAUGGGAAACCUCCCCACCCAUCCCCUUAGCUUUACUCUUUAAGUCUAAAUCUAAUCUUUUCAAAAUGAAUCACAAACACAGCAUAAGAUACUGCCUUAUAGCUUCAUUCAUGUUCCUCCAAAGCUUUGCAGGAGACAAAUUUUACUGAAGCCUUGACUCCCUCUGGUGUAUUCUUCACUUCUGGUUGAAAACUCUAAUUGUUCCUGGGAUUCUGAAUGGCUGAAUUCACCACCUCACCCAGCCACUUGAAGAAAAAGGGAAGAAUGUUCCAGAAUCUGCCUGGCCUGCCUUUUGGCUGGGCUUCCUUCUGAGCAGAUUUGACCAUGUUUCCAUAGAUAGGGAAAAUACUCUUCAUACACAUUUCUCAGACUUUUGUUUUCCUUUUCUGUUAAUUUUGAAGACCGGACUGCUCAGCUAAGGAAUCCUGGGACCUCAGUGUGAUAAGAAAGCUGAAUUCAGCUUUAGGCCUUUGAACUGCAACAAAAUGGCGGUAGGGCUGGGAAAGAGGAGAGACUCACUUUUGUAACUAAAGAACAUAGUUUAACAUUUUCUCCUUGAAUGGUCACGUAGACCAUCUCAUUUUUACCAGGGCUUGGGGCCUAUUGCAGAGAAAAUGACUAUUUAUUAGAACUGAAAAUUUAAUAAAUUCUCAUUUUAUUAACUAA